AUGCCGCUGUCGUCGUCUUUUUUUGCCUGCACCGCCCCGGGCUGGCUGCUGUGCUGUCGACGACAGGCACAUGCCCUUGCCGCAGCUGAGGCCAGUGGCUCUUGCCCACAUCCAGUUGGCUGGACACGCCGCUUUUCCAGCGCCAAGGGACUUGCGCCAUGUACUGGUACCUGGCCGGGCCUGGAUCCGUUGCAUGAUGCUGGCAGCCUGCGGCAAGGUCUACAAAUGGUCUGCACAUCCAGCACUGUCCAGUACGGUCCCGCACGCAAAGACGCUGCCCCGCCAUCUCCUAAAGGCCGUCCCACCAACGCGCAGAUGUACCGGUACAUGCAUGCAAGCCCCCUUCUGCCAUCCCAUCCCAUCCCCAUCCAUCCAUUAAGCAGAGCCACUACCGUUUGGCACCGACUGCUAGGGUUCCCUAGCAUUAGCAUUAGCAGCGGAAAGCUGGGCUGGACCUCAACCUACGGGGGAGCUGCUCGCGCGACUCCAGCUCCUAAACUAGCACUGGAGUUGGCCGCACACAAAAAGCACCAGGAGCACAAAAAAUAAUGGAACUGCAGGGGAAAAAAAAGUUUUUGCCGCCAGCAUCGAACUCGCAUGCAUUGCAUUGGAUGCAUCAUCAACACGGCGCCGGUGAGCUGCUAGCGAC